ACCAUGGAAUUCAAAUUGAGAGAUCCAAAAGUCUUUUAGCGGGACAAAAUGCACAAAUAACCGGACUUACAAAUUCGGAUCCAUUCUCGACCCGAAUCCCAAAAAUUCUCCUCCGCCGCGGUAACAUCUCCUCCUCCGCCGCGGUAACAUUUCACUCCGCCGCGGUAACAUUUUCUCCGGCGAGAUCGAGCUUUUACCAUUCAGUGAAAAAGCUAAAGUAGAAGGAAAGGGAAAAAAAAAAAAAUAUGAAGGCUUCAUUGGGGAAUAAUGCUACAAGGAAAAAGCUAGCAGAUAUUAGCAACAUACCGGAAGAAAUGCGAUUCACUAGCCAAAAUGAGAAGGCAGAACAUAGCUCAGUUUGUUCGAAAGAGUUCUUAGACAAGCUCCAGAAGGAGAAUAUGGCAUUUAUGAAGAUUGUAGCAGAAAAAAACAAAAUCAUUGAAUUAGCUGGAGCUGAGAUACAGAAGAUGAGAAUUAAUCUGCAACAAAUGCAGAAAAAGAAUCAUGAGCUUGCGCAAUCAAACAGUCAAAUGCUUGCGGAAUUAAAUUCAGCUAAAGAUAGGCUCAAAACAGUACAGCAUGAGCUCGGAUGUAAAAAUGGUUUAAUUAAAGCUAAAAAGCUUGAAGCAGAGGAGAUAGCAAAACAAAAAAUGUGCCAGCUGUUGAAUGAUGAGGUGAAACCCGUUAAGUGUGAAGAGGAAGCUGAUUCCUCUUUAGGAAAUGGUGAUAACGAUAGACCUGCAAAAAUCAAAAGGAAGCCUCAGUCAAAGAGUUUGGGCUCUAAUAAACAAGUUCAACCCCAGGAUAUGGCUGAAAAUAAAAGGCCUUGUGUAAGACGACAAUCUGCUCGGUUUAAACGUGAAGCACCUGAACAUACAACAACAACAACAUCUACAUCUCAAUGCCAAGCAACGAAGCAUGAUGAAGAUUAUUUUGAGGCAGAAGACAAAUGCCCACCAAUGGUUAAUCUAGUCCAGCAAAAUGGUUCUGACGAAGAAAGCAAUCCUGCAUUGAGGUUUGAACCUAUAGAGUUUGGACGGUCAUCUUUUAGUAGGCCACUCAGGCACGCAGCUAAAAAAGUUCAGUCUUACAAGGAAAUUCCUGUGAACAUAAAAAUGCGCAGACCAGUUUGAACAACCAUAAUCUUUUUACUGACCUAUUUGCUGUAGGAGCUAUUGCUGAGUGAUAAAAUGCUUAAUGGCAUCUUUUGUUAGGUUGUCUUUUGUAACGUCGAUUGAACCUUUUCUUGGUUUAAACAUGUCAUGACAAGUGUAUUUCCUGAGUAAAUGUUCGUAAUCAAUAUCUUGCCUACCGUGUAUACUGAUUAAACGCAUCUUCUUCUGUGUUUGAUUAGUGAUGAAUUAGCUUGAGCCAUUUACUUUAUCUGAUCAUACCCUGAAACAAAAUAUAUGUUAAAUUC